AUGGCUGUAAGUUAUACUGCACCAUAUCGUCUUUCUUCCCCAAGCUUAAACUCUCGCACGGCACAUCAAUACACACUCUCCAGCAGCUCGAAAUCACAAAGAAGAAAGCGAUGACAAUGGCCGAGGUCCAAGUCGAAGUCAUCUCCAAAGACACCAUCAAGCCCUCUUCUCCGACCCCGGACCAUCUCCGCCAUUACAAGCUCUCCUUCCUCGACCAGAUACAAGUCCCUGUGUUCAUGCCCUUGGCCCUCUUCUUCCCGAGGGAUGACGGCACGUCGCUCGAUGAGAAACGUAGCCGCAUCAAGCGUUCUCUGGCCGAGGCCCUGGCCAAGUUCUACCCUCUCGCUGGUCGGGUCAGAGACAAUACCUACGUCGACUGCAACGACGAGGGCGCUUUGUACGUGGAGGCUCGGGUCAGGUGUGAACUCUCGGAUAUCCUUGAGAACCCGGUCCCUAGGGUGAUGAACAGGUUCUUUCCCUGUGAGCUUGACGAUGUGCAGGACUUGGCUGUGGCUGUUCAGGUCAACUUCUUCGAGUGCGGUGGCUUAGCCCUCAGCCUUUUGAUCUCCCACAAGGUCGCCGACGCCCUCUCCUUCUUCACCUUCCUCAACGCAUGGGCCGCUGCUGCCCGUGGCGACCCUGGCAUCACCGAUCCCUGCUUCAAUUCCUCCGAGCUCUUCCCUCCGAUCAACCUCUCUGGCUUCCAGGCAUCCACUGGCAUCGUCAAGGACAACAUGUCCACCAGGCGCUUCGUCUUUGACGCUGCCACCAUCGCCUCGCUCCGCGAGCAGUUUGCUGACCUGACCAAUGUUGCAGCCGCGGCUGACCAGCCACGCCGUCGCCCGACCCGUGUCGAGGCCCUGUCGUCCUUCCUCUGGAGCCGCUACAUGGCGAGCACGCAGCCAAUCGAAGCCAGAGGGAACAAGAUCUACACUGUGCUCCAUGCAGUGAAUCUUCGGACAAGGAUGGAGCCGCCGAUGUCGGAGCGCCACUUCGGCAACAUCAGUAGGUUGGCGAUCACGGUGCCGACCGUGGACGCCGGAGGCUACAAGAUAGUCAAUCAGGUGAGGGACGCAAUCAAGCAGGUGAAUGAGGAGUACGUUAGGAAACUCCGGGAAGGGGAGGGCCACCUGAAGUCACUGAAAGAUCUGUCGUCAAGUGUCUCGCGAGGCGAGGUGGUGUCUUUCAGCUUCACGAGCCUGUGCCGGUUUCCGACGUACGAGGCGGACUUUGGGUGGGGAAAGCCUGCCUGGGUCGGGUCGGCGAGCCUCACUUUCAAGAACCUGAUCGUCUUCAUGGACACCAAGUCCGGCGACGGCAUCGAGGCCUGGGUCAACCUCAAGGAGGACGACAUGGCCAAGUUCGAGCAGGAUGAGGAGUUGCUGGCGCUCGUCUCGCCUUCCGUGAGCGCCCAAAGCGGUGCGUUUUAGUUGGCGACGUUGGCCAAUAAGGGUGGCCGUACUAUGAAUAUUGAAUACGGACGUUGUUUCUCCUAGGUCUUUCUUUCUUUUUGGCUUUUUUAUGUGAAGUCUUUUGGUGUGUGUGCAAUAAUAAAGCUUCAAAUGCAACUGUAGAUCCGAUUAAUUUGAAUGAAAAAGGAAAGUAUACAGAAUAGCUCUGU